AUGUCGUUCUCAACAGAUGGUGCAUUGAGUAUAGAUGUUUUCCAUAAAGGAGUGUUUGUUCCUAAGCCCUUGAUGUACUUCAAUCCUGAUAAGACUUCUGUCACAGAGGUAGACUUACGAAAUAUGGAGUUUAAGGACUUCAAAAUCUACAUCCGUAAUCUGACGAAGGGUAUGUGUCAUGAUAUGUACUACUGUCUUCCAAAUCGGGCCUUAGUAGAUGGGUUGAGGGAGCUGAGAGAUGAAGAUGAUUAUGUAAGGUUUCUUGAUGCUGGAUAUAAAAAUGGGAGAAGAAUCAGUAUCUACAUUGAUCACGACCAUGAGCCACUUAUGCAAUGGAUUGAAGAAGAGAUAGCCGAAGAUGGAGUGUACGGUGAUAGUGAUCCAUCUUCUGAUGAUGUGGACUUGGUGAUGUCAGAUGAUAUAUCGGUAGACCAUGAAGUUGAUGAUGAGGUUAUAGAAAUUCCUAAAUCUGUUGAUCCGUUUUUAUCCAAGAAAAAUCUUAUUCCAAAAGGAGGGGUAGAUGAGGAAGUUGAUGAUGAGGUCCACCACUUUCUUAUUCAUGAUCCCGACCAGAAGUGGGACACAAUGGUACCUGUAUUAGGCAUGAGAUUCUCUGACAGAUAUGAACUCAAGCAAAUGUUAACAAAUUAUGUUGUCUUUAAAGGGUAUGCAUUGUGGUACGAAAAAAAUGACUCAACUAGAUUGUUAGUGAGGUGCUGUAAAAAUAAAGAAGGGAAGGCAGCUUGCCCUUUUAGACUAUGGGCUACUCCAAUGAGUAGUGAAGAUUCAUUCCAGAUCAAAUCGCUAAUUGACGAACAUAACUGUUGCAGGCAAGUUAAUUUGGGGUCUAUUGUGACAUACAGGUGGAUUGGUAGCUUGGUGGGACAUUAUGAAAAGUUGUGGGAUUAUGGAGCGGAGUUAUUGAGGUCUAAUCCGGGUUCAACAGUCUCAAUAGAAGUGAAUCCUAUGCCUGAUUCUACAGCUUACUUUAAAAGAAUGUAUGUCUGCCUUAAGGGUGUGAAAGAUGGUUGGAUUGAAGGAUGCAGGAGGGUGAUUGGUGUUGAUGGAUGUUUUUUGAAGGGUAUUUGUAGAGGUGAGCUAUUAGCAGUUGUUGGUAGGGACUCCAACAACCAAAUGUACCCGUUGGCAUGGGCUGUAGUGUCAGUAGAAAACAAGGAAACUUGGAAAUGGUUCUUAGAUCUGCUACUUGAGGACAUUGGGAUGGGAGAUGGCAGAGGUCUUACCAUUAUUUCUGACCAGCAUAAGGUUUUGGUAGAAGCUGUUAAAGAAAGAGCACCAGCAUGUGAGCAUAGGCAAUGUGCUAGACACGUCUAUGCUAACUUUAAGAAGAAAUACACAGGUGUUGAGUUUAGGAAGUUAUUCUGGAGAGCUGCAAAGCCCACAACCGAGUCAGCUUUCCGAUCUUAUAUGAGGGAAAUCAAUGCGAUGUCCACACAUGCUUAUGAUCACCUAAUGGAAAGAGACCCAAAGACAUGGUGCAAGGCAUUUUUUGAGCUUGAUAGGUGUUGUGAUGCUGUGGAAAAUGGAAUAUCAUAA